CAUUGUGCUAGGUCAGUUACAUAUAUGGGAGAUCCAUUGCAUUAGCAUUAACUCUUACAACUCGUAACGGCUUCUUGAGGAAAUCUCCGCAGGUAGAUGCGUAAUUCAUUGAGUAUCAUGUGGUAUGAAGUGAUUGGGCUACCGUUUCUGGGCCACCUAUUAUCAUUUUGACUAUGGUUCAAUGGGUGGGGAUGGUUCCGACUGUUCUCGAACUACACUGUCUUCGAACUGGGACCCCUCAUUUGAAAACAAAACCACAAACCAUUGUAGAGAUUCCUUUCAGUCUAUAGUGGAACUUGAACCGAAACGGUAGAAUCUCCUGAACUUUUUGAAAAAACCUUCGAUCGCGUCGCAAUGUACUUGCUAGUGUUCUUCGGAACGAUUGCCACUCUAGGCACCCUCUGGUAUUGGACCUACCGAUGGCAGUUCAAGUUCGCGGACAAAUGGCCCUCGGUUCGACCGCGAUAUGCCAUUGUGGGCAAUGCACUGAUUAUGUUGUGGAAGAACGACGUCCAACGGUUCCAGGAGAUCAAACGAGUGUUUAGCGAGUGCGAUCGGAUUCUGACGGCGUGGGCUGGGCCGAAAAUGUUCCUGAUUACCAGUCAUCCGGAUAUCGUGCACCAGAUCCUGUCGAGUCCGGACUGCUUGGAGCGGCCGUUCCUGUACCGGUUUGCUGGAUUUACGCAGGGAAUCUUCACGGCCAAGUUGCCAGUGUGGAAGGAUAACCGCAAGCGGUUGAAUUCCACUUUCAACCAGAGGAUUGUGCAUGGGUUCGUUCCGUACUUUGUCAAGUGUUGCGAGAAGAUGACGAAAAGUUUGCUCGAAUGUGCCGAUGGGGAAACGGUCAACAUCCAGAAGUACACGGCGGUUUGUGCCCUGGAGAUGGCCGCCGGAACGACUCUCGGCGGGGAUGUACUCCAGCAGGGCGAUGGCAAGGAGGAGUUCAAACGUGGACUGGAUUUAGCUUUCAAUGGUGCGUCAAGAAGAAUGGUUACAGUUCCUUUCUAUUCAGAUUUAAUUUACCAGAUGACACAUCACUACAAAGAACUGAUGGAGGGUCGACGAAUAAUCUGUGAUUUCUUCACAAAGCUACUGAUUGAAAGAAAGAAAUUCCUUCUGGACCACAGCAAGAACACCGAUGUUGAUACCGAGGAGGAAUACAAUAAACCCAAAAUCUUGGUCGAUCAACUGCUUGGGGUCAGCCACGAUGGCAGACAAUUCAACGACAUUCAGAUCAGAGACAAUGUCUACGCGGUUAUCACAGGGGCCACCGACACCACCAGCCUAGCUACAGCCCACGCCUGUCUCUUCCUGUCGUUCUACCCGGAUAUCCAGGAACGACUGCAUGCCGAGCUAGCCGAAGUUUUCCCCGGCAACAUCGCAGACUACACGCCGGAAAACAUCAAGAAGCUCACCUACCUGGACAUGUUCAUCAACGAAGUUCAGCGACACUGCACGGUUGUGCCUUAUGUGGCCCGGGAGAAUACCGCUGAGAUCGAAAUCGACGGGGUUAAGGUUCCCCCGGGUAACAUUUUCAUCAUGAGCCUCUACGCGAUGCACAAGCGGCCGGAUAUUUGGGGUCCCGACGCGGAGAAGUUCGAUCCAGAAAAUUUCACCGAAGAACGAAUCAAGGACAGACAUCCGGCGGCGUUUCUUCCGUACAGUGCCGGCAGCAAGAAUUGCUUGGGUUGGCGUUACGCCAUCUUCGGAAUGAAGUUGAUCAUGAUCCACCUGGUGAGGAACUUCCACUUCAGUUCUAAAAUCAAACACGAAGAUAUGCAGUUCAGACAUGAUCUGACACUGAAGCUACCGUUUCAGCAUUUGGUGCAGCUUAAAAAGCGGAAUCCUGGAAAAAUCCUGACGAUGGUAGAGUGA